UGCAUCUGAUGUCUUCUUGUGGUUAGACACUUCCGAUGUGUUAAAUUGGGUAGCGCGUGACGCUGUCAUUUCAGUCGGAAGGCUGAGGUGCUCGCUGACAGUGGCUCCGCGCGCGCCGCCGCUCUGCCGGCUGCGUGAGUUCGAACCCAGGCCGCCUCCGCUGCCGUGAGCCGCCGGGCCGACCCGUCCGCCAGCGGCCCGCCGCCGCCGCCGCCGCCAUGGAGGACUACGAGUCGACGCUACUGGUCAAGCAGGAGGUGUUCGUCUACCAGAUCCCGCCGCGCACCUCGGCAAGGGGAUACCGGGCGGCUGACUGGAACCUGGGUACGCCCGACUGGACGGGGCGCAUGAAGCUGACGUCGCGCGGCCGCGCCUGCACCAUCCGUCUGGAGGACCGCAACUCGGGCGAGCUGUUCGCCAACUGCCCCAUCGACGGCUACCCCAGCGUGGCCAUCGAGGCCGUCACCGACUCGUCCCGCUACUUCGUGCUGCGCAUCAUGGACGACGGUGGUCGCACGGCGUUCAUCGGCGUCGGAUUCGCCGACCGCUCGGACAGCUUCGAUCUCAACGUGGCGCUACAAGACCACUUCAAGUGGGUCAAGAAGGAGCAUCAGAUCGAGAAGGAAAAGACAGAACCGACACAGAAACUGGACCUGGGCUUCAAGGACGGGCAGACAAUCAAAAUCAACAUGAAAAUUGCCCGUAAGAACCAGGAGGGCGGCGAAGACGAGGACCACUCGCCCAGUCAUCGGGCCAAGCCACGCGGCUCGGCCGGCUCGGGCGCCGGCCUGGGCCUGCUGCCGCCGCCGCCCGGCGCGUCCAUCGCGGCGCCGCCCCGGCCCGCCGCCGCCCCCGCCCCCGUUCCCGCGCCCGCCGCCGCCCCCGCCGCCAGCGAGUGGGGCGAUUUCGCCUCGGCCAGAAGCUCCGGCCCGGCCGCCACCACACCCUCCAACAACUGGGUGCAGUUCUGAGCUGGCGCCGCACCAGCUUGAGCCGUAACGAGGGCCCGGCCGCCGCCGGCGUCGCGUGUUAGGUGCACACG